CCGAAGGCCCGUGUUUUGAGCAGCUUACUUUGGGAUUAGCAAAGGAAGCAAAAAAAAAAAAUCUUCAGCAGAGAAAUUUCGAAAGUAAUUCAAAGAAAAAGGGUUCUUGAUUCCAGCAAAUUCAACUGUUGUAUAAAUUUACUUCAAUUGAAAAUUCAAUCGAAGAAAAAAAAGUUACAGUUUUUGUAUUUGUUGGGUUGAAUUUUUUGUGAAGCAAGAAAUGAUGAGUGAAGAAUUGGUUUUACCUCCUGGAUUUCGAUUCCACCCAACUGAUGAAGAAUUAGUGGUUCAUUAUUUAUGUCGAAAGUGUGCUUCUCAGAGAAUUUCUGUUCCAAUUAUUGCUGAAAUUGAUCUUUACAAAUUCGAUCCUUGGCAACUUCCUGGAAUGGCACUAUAUGGUGAAAAGGAGUGGUAUUUCUUCUCUCCUAGAGACCGGAAAUAUCCAAACGGUUCAAGGCCGAACCGGGCGGCCGGAACCGGGUAUUGGAAAGCAACCGGAGCUGAUAAGCCCAUUGGAAAACCAAAGACCCUUGGUAUUAAAAAGGCUUUGGUAUUUUAUGCCGGAAAAGCCCCUAAGGGUGUUAAGACUAAUUGGAUUAUGCACGAGUAUCGCCUCGCUAAUGUUGAUCGAUCUGCCGGCAAGAGGACUAACCUUAGGCUUGAUGAUUGGGUGUUAUGUCGUAUAUACAACAAGAAGGGGGUCAUUGAAAAAGGGUUCAGCAAUGAUCAGAAGCCCAAGCCUAUGUCCAUGCCAACUUCCAUGCCACAGUAUUCAGAUUUUGAGGAUCAAAAGCCCGUGAUUACGAUGUCCGGACAAGCCGCCGCGCCUGGUGGAUUUCCAACUUUCUCACCGAUACCUCCAUCGAAGAACGACCUGCUGCAUUUCGAUACAUCUGACUCAGUUCCGCGUUGCCACACUGAUACAAGUGGGUCGAACCAUGUUGCCUCACCAGAGUUCAUGUGUGACAAGGAGGUACAAAGUGAUCCUAAGUGGAAUGAACUUGACAAGAACCUUGAUUUCCCGUCGUUCAAUUACAUGGAUCCAUUUCCCGAUGACCCGUUUGCCCAAACGGCACAAUUCCAGCAAGAUCAGAUGACCAAUUUUCAGGAUAUAUUUAUGCUCCUCCGGUAAGCUGGCGCGACCCGUUUGAAAUCAAGUGGGUAGAAGGCCAAAGGCAAGGAAAGGGAAGGUUGCUACUUACUAGUGUAUGUAAUGUAGGAUGCUGAUGAAGAAUAGUUUAGAAGGAUCAUCGAUGAUCCCUAGUAAAUUCAUUCUUAAGCCUCCACAUGUUAAUAUGUAGUUAAUUCUAGGACUAUAAUAGAUUUUAGGGGCGUUGUAGCACAAUUUUUUAUCACCCAAAAGUCGGAAUAUUGUGGGAAAUUUAAUUAUUUAGAAAAUCCAAUUUUGGUGCUGCUAGUAUAUUUCAGGUACAAGAGUAAUAAACUUUGAGGGUAAUGUAACAGGACAAACGAAAUGUUGCAUACUUUCAAUUUUGUUGUAAUUUUGAAUCAACUGCAAUUUAAGGUGUAUUUUUUCA